CUGUGAUCGUCCGCGCCGCAUACGCUGUCUCGCCCAGGCGUGUGAACUUCUGAUGUUUCGACCGCAGUCAAUGAUCUUUUCAUCUGUCUCGGCCGUGUCGCCAACAUCGCCGGCGUCGACUCUGCCAGCGCUGCUACCCUAUCAACCUGGUUCGGUUGCCAACGCACUGCUAGAGACUGUCGCCCUGGCGCAGCACAUGGCUUUCGCUAGCAAAAAUUCGUUUUUUACCACUACAAAAGCUGAAUCGCCCCAUAUGGCCGCUGUUUCACCCAGCACUUCCUAUGGAUCGCCCAUUUUUGCUAUGAAGCGAGACCGAUGUGUUGGCUGCGGCAGUGAAGAUUCCAUAAGAGUGCAUUAUGGGGCAAGCUCGUGCCAUGGAUGUAAAGCAUUUUUUAGGAGAAGUGUGUUCGAGGGUCGAAAUUACGUAUGUAGUGCGGAUAACAAUUGUGACAUUAACAAUGAAUCUCGGAAUAGAUGUCGAGCAUGUCGGUUAAGAAAUUGCAUCGAAGGUGGUAUGAAUCCCAAGCACGUAAGAGAAGAACGAAACAAACAGGAACGAGUUGAAAGACCAUCGGAAGUGCAAUGUUCAGAUUCGGAGACUGUGAGGCAACUGCCCGAAGAAAACCCCAUAACAUUGUUUCUUUGUGCUCUUGAAAAACAGACAGAAAUGCUGACGGACGAUGAUGUGAAAGGAAACGAUGUGAUGGGAGAGUGGAGUCGUGAUAUUUCGAUAACAUUUGGCUUGCAAAAUCCACAACUCGUCAUAAAGAGAUCCCCGAUGGACUGGUCAUGCACUCGAAUAAUGCAAGCCAAUGAUCUUUACAAACAGUGGUAUCGAGCAUUUGUUCUGCAUGCAGACUGGGCUAUGGGCAUACCGGACUUUCGAGUACUUUCAUUAGAAGAUCAGACUAGCCUUUUCAAACAAAACUUCAUGACAUUCGGCUGGAUGGCAUACGCUUUCAAAUGCUAUCAACUCAAUCAACAAGCUGUAGGUAUCCCUCUUGGAAAUGGUGCUUAUAUUCCAUACAAUGAUGAAGCACAGAAGCAAAUGGAACAAAGGUGGAUCUCUUCUUAUGGGGUGGUGUGCAAGAAACUUAUGGAUCUCAUCGUAAAACCUAUGAUUGAGCUGGACAUGUCCGAGCAAGAAUAUUGCUUACUAAAAGCACUUUCGCUAUUUCAGCAAGACUGCAUAUUGUCGGAAAAUGGCGCUGCGAUGUGUAGCCGAGUAAGAGAUCGCCUACUUGAAGGACUCAGUACACAUAUAGAGCGGCGCUUUUCGAAUCUACCUCCUACACAACGUUCAGUUCGAGCGCUGAAGUCCACCUUGCUUCUGCCAACUUUAUCAUACAUAGGCCAAGUGGAAGCAUCAGUGAUUGAGCACCUUACCGCCAACGAUUUACAACAGCUUAGCGGUGUUCCGAUGGAGCUUUGCGGUUCGGUCAAAUCUAGUUUCUAAUACUGCCAUGUCAUAAAUCACCUGUGAUUGUCACAGCGUCUAUUUGAUGUAUCACAGACAUAUUGUGUCGCGGGUUUUAUAAUUAUGUAUACAUUAUUUCCA